AUGGCAGGCAAAAAGCGGGAAAUCCAGUUACAGGCUGUCAUCAACACCCAAAGCCUCUGGGAGGAGAUGUUGCAGAACAAAGGUGUAACAGCUGCUAUUCCAGAAUUGUUGAUUCCAUUCUUUCAUAAAUAUCGUCUUCUAGUGAUCGAUGUUUACCAAGCCUGGUGUGGACCUUGCAAAGCAAUGCAAACGUUAUUCAGGAAAUUGAAAAAUGAGCUGAAUGAAGACGAAAUUCUGCAUUUUGUUGUAGCUGAAGCUGACAGCAUUUUGGCCUUGCAGCCAUUUAGAGAAAAUUGUGAACCUAUUUUUCUUUUUAGUGUUAAUGGCAAAAUUAUUUCAAAGAUUGAGGGUGCAAACGCACCACUUGUUAAUGAAACAAUUAUUAACUUGGUGAAUGAGGAGAGGAAAAUUGCAGCAGGUGAAAUGGUUCGCCCUCAGUAUCAUGAAAUUGUAGACUCAAAUGCAGGUAAUGCCAGGAAAGCAUCCAAAGAAUCUAUGGACCAAAUAUUUAGUAUUGCUAUUAUCAAACCCGAGGCUAUGAAUACUGGAAAAACUAUAGAAAUUAAAGAAAAUAUUGCCAAUGCAGGAUUUGUCAUAGAAGCAGAAGAUAAUAGAGUGCUCACUGAAAAUCAAGUGAGGGACUUCUAUAGGCAAAAAUCAGAGCAGCCUGAUUUUGAAGAGUUUGUCUCAUUAAUGACAACUAGCCUAAGCUGUGUUCUAGUUGUAUCUCGAAAGAAGAAACAAGAAUUUUUCUGGGAAGAAGAAAUUAUAACUGAACCUGAGACUGAACCACAAGAACCACCUGAGGAUCAACCUGAGAUGGACACACCUCCAGUAGUGAAGAAAAAGUGGGACAGCACUUUAGAAGAAUAUCUGGAUAAAGAAAAUAUACAUCAGUUUUGUGAUGUUGAAGAGGAUGAAGAAAAUGUUCAUAAGUUUAUUGAUAUCUUCUUCCCUGAUUUCAAAAACAUAAAAUUAGAAAAGAUACUGGCAUUACUUCGACCAGAUCUCUUUCAAGCAAAGAAAGAGGAUGUUUUGAGUAUUAUUCUAAAUGAAGGCUUUCUUAUACUGAUGCAAAGACAAGUGGUGUUAUCAGAAGAAGAGGCACGAAAACUGUGCAAGGAAUACGAAAAUGAAGAUUAUUUUGAAAAUGUGAUAAGAUACAUGACCAGUGGUCCAUCUCUAGCUCUUGUUUUAGUAAGAGAAAAUGGUUUACAACACUGGAAAGAGUUAAUUGGACCAAGUACCGUUCAAGAAGCUAAACAAUCUCUUCUAAAAAGUUUGUGUGUACAAUUUGCAAUGGGAAGUUUGCCUAUCAACCAGUUAUAUGGAAGUGAUUCAUUAGAAGCUGCUGAGAGGGACAUCCAGUAUUUCUUUCCUCCUCAAAAAACUUUAGCACUGAUUAAACCUCACGUAACACCUGAACAAAGAGAGGCGAUCUUACACCGUAUUAAAGAAGCUGGAUUUGAAAUAAUACGAAUAAAGGAAAUUCUGCUACUCAAAGAGGAUGCUGACAAAAUUUAUUAUAAAAUAACACAUAAAAAUUUUUAUAACAGUGUAUUGGAGAUAUUGGCUACGGGUCCAUCUUUGGUCAUGGUUCUGAGCAAGUGGAAUGCUGUUUUAGACUGGAGACGAAUGAUGGGUCCCACAGACCCGAAUGAAGCAAAGUUGUUGUCCCCAGACUCUAUCCGAGCCCAGUUUGGAAUAAGCACUUUGAGAAAUGCUGUCCAUGGAUCAACUAAUGCCACUGAGGCAGUGCAAGCAAUUCAGAAUAUAUUUGAAGAGAUUGUUCCUGAGAAUCCUGAGAAUCCCGAGGAACACUAAAACUCUUCACAUGUGCAGUGUUGUCUCCAGCUGGAUGAGCCAAAUUGAGACUCCGUCCCCUGAGCAUAAUGGGAAAGCACCGUGAAAUGGAGAAAUCCCUCCACACCCAUUCAGGUUCCUCAGGGGAAAAAGUGUACAUCGUUCCUUUAAUAGUGUCAUUUAGUCUAUGCUUUCUCUAGAUGUAAGAACACUGUAUCAACACAUUCAAUGCAAAAAUAAAAGUAGA